UGCGUGGGUUUCUUCCUGAAAACUAGGGGCCUAACUUGCGCACUACGGGGGCUACUUGCAAGUAGCGAGGAUGUAUUCAACAAGUGGUGCUUACCAAAAUCGAAUGGAAAUGUGCAGACCGCGUGCAAACUUAAGUUCUUAGUUUUCUUGGUUGUGCCUGAAAAAAAAACACCGCCAUGUACCUUUGAACCUGUCCAAUCCAGUUCCAGGCCUCUCUUUGGAUGAUGGGUUGUUUGUGGACUAUGCUGCUGAUGCUGGAGCAGAUUGGUUGCCCAUUGCCCGAAAGGAGGGCUUUGUGGGGCAGACGCAGACCUGCUAUGCAGAUGCGCAGGGAGUGUAUGUCUUCAAUCAUCCCAUUGACUUCCACUUCAUUGCAGAUUCGGUGGCGAAUUGGCCCAAACUGCACCUGCAGAUCCUAA